AGAUCAAGGUUGGUCUGUGAUCCUACAUUCUCAUUGGUGGAUGCGAUCCCUAGCGCGUGAUUUCCCAGUCUUCGCUCAUUCCCGUAUCAUACAAAUAUCCUCUGUCCACUUCCGUUUCCUUUCCCUCUUUUUCAAUCAAUUCAUCGACAACCAUUCAACUACCAACUCCUCUUCAUAACACCUCUACAAACCCCUUUUUCUUUUAAUCCAUAUUCAAUAUGUCUGGCCGCGGCAAGGGUGGAAAGGGUCUCGGCAAAGGUGGUGCCAAGCGUCACCGCAAGAUUUUGCGUGACAACAUUCAGGGAAUUACCAAGCCCGCUAUCCGUCGUCUCGCACGCCGUGGUGGUGUCAAGCGUAUCUCCGCUAUGAUCUACGAGGAGACCCGUGGUGUCCUCAAGACCUUCCUCGAGGGUGUCAUCCGUGACGCUGUUACCUACACUGAGCACGCCAAGCGCAAGACUGUUACUUCUCUUGACGUUGUCUACGCUCUCAAGCGCCAGGGCCGUACCCUCUACGGUUUCGGUGGCUAAAUCAUUUGUUCUUUUCUUUUCCGGGCUGGUUCACGGUACGACGGGACGUUGGGGUGUUCUCUGAUUUAUUUUACUACAACUGUCAUGGGUCUCUGGGUUUGCUUUUCAUAACACUCGAUUACCACUAUUGCGCGUCCAUAGUGUGCGCUUCUUGAGCUUUUUUGUAUCAUAGCGGCCUCCACAUUACGGCUGGCACCAUGGAUAUGGUGGGAUCAAGCACUUAAGUGCGAUCCGAUACGAAUACAAUCAAAACUUGAAAUAA